AUUUAAACUUCCGUAUUUGAAGUAUUCUUCCAAAACUCCCUGUCUUAGGAAUAAGUCGAAGAGAGUGAGAAAAGCACACUAGAGGCGGCGACUCAUCUUAGAUUGUGAAAGAGCGACGAUAAAUCCCUCUCCGACCCGCCAAGAAUUGCAAGAAUGGAAAAUGAAGAACAUGGACAUAGUGAAUCAAAAGACGAAAUUAUCAAAAUAUAUUCAGAGUUUAUGUUGAGGAUUACAAAAUUUGAAGAGCUAGUGUCUAUCGGAAGCAGGUUGCUUCUUGGCUUCCAUCAGGCACUUGGGUUUCUAGUGCGGUCUCCCAUUGAUAAGACAUCUUCUUUGGUUGAGCGCAUUAUUAAAGCUCAUGGCUCGACAAGGGUUUUAUCCUAUGUUGAAGCUGGAUGUGUUAACACUCAUGACAGUGUACAAAAUGUGAGCAACUUGCACACAUGCCAUCUUGGACUUAAGGACCAUAUGAAUAAAGCUAAAAUUGUCAUCGAUGAACUUGAAAACCUUCUGGAUGAUGCAGCAUCCAUCGUGCAAACUGCGAAGGAGAAAUAUGAAGAUAUCAACCACAACUUAGAUUCAGUUAUUACUUCAAGUGACAAAGAGGAAGUGCCAUUAUCAGACCUUUCAACACCCAAAGUUACUGAUUAUGCUACCAUGAUGGCCAUCAUAUUCAGUAUGGUGAAACAAGACUACACAAUGCAGGUUCGGGUUGCGUCCUCCCUCAACCUCAAGUCUUCACCUGGAGAGCUGGAGACCUAUUGCCAAAUGUGGUCACUACGGCCUUUUGUAGACGAUGACAUAAUGCAUAGAGCUUGGAGUCUUGUUCCAUAACUCUGAUCUUCUUACAACUACCAUAUCAAUUGACAUUGCAUAAGGCAUCUGCAGUUUU